AUGUCUACAUGUGACAAAUCUAAACUGAUUAGCAUUUCCAAAACAAUUUUAAUUCUUGGUUUAGUUCUAUACUUAAGCUUUAUAAUCUUUUUUGGUGACUCUAAUUGUCCAUCUUCUCAACUUUUCUCUUCUUUUAGAUUGAAAUGGACACCUUUUAGUCCUCAACCAAAUGUUGCACAAUCCAAAAGUUCCACUAACAUUAGUCACCUUUUAUUUGGUCUUUUAGGGUCAGAAAAAGCAUGGCAUCAUAGAAAAUCAUAUAUUGAAUCAUGGUGGAGACCAAAUAUUACAAAUGGAUAUCUUUUACUAGAUGUACCUCCUCAAGGUGAUGAUCUUAUCCCAUGGUCUAUAAAUUCACCUCCUUAUAAAAUAUCAGAUGAUGUUCCAAAACUUGUUAAUGAGACCAAACAUGUCGAUGCAACGGUUCUAAGGUUGGUUCAUGGGAUAAUGGAGGUGUUUAGAGAGGGACAUGAAGGUGUACGAUGGCUAGUUAUGGGAGACGAUGAUUCAAUAUUUUUCGUUGAUAAUAUGGUUGAUAUUCUUGCACAUUAUGAUCAUACAAAAUAUUAUUAUUUUGGAGGACAUUCUGAAUUUAUAUUAUCAAAUUAUUGGUACUCAUUUAAUCAAGGUUUUGGUGGUGCUGGAUUUAUCUUGAGUUACCCUUUGGCUAAAGCAUUGGCAAGAGAUAUGAUGUCUUGUUUAAAGAGAUAUGCUCAUUUGAAUGCUGCUGAUAGAACAACUAUGACUUGUAUUGCUGAUAUUGGUGUCAAUCUAUCUCCUCUUCAAGGCAUUCAUCAGAUUGAUCUACGUGGUGAUUUAUCAGGAUUUCUAUCAUCUCAUCCAAAAUCUUUACUAAUGUCUCUUCACCAUUUUGACAUGGUUGACCCAAUAUUUCCCUUUAUGGAUCGUGCACAAUCAAUAUUCCACCUUCAAAAUGCAGCAAAAUAUGAUCAAUCACGCAUGUUACAACAAACUAUAUGCCACCAUAGGUCUAAAAGUUGGACAUUUUCAGUUUCAUGGGGAUACUCAGUUCAUAUUUAUGAGAAAAUUAUGCCUAGAAGUUGGAUACAAAGACCAAUUGAAACAUUUAAACCAUGGAAAAAUAGUCCUAAUCCACCACGUUAUAUGUUUGAUGUUAGAAGUACUUCGCGGGAUCCUUGUGAAGCUCCUCAUGUUUUUUUCUUUAAGUCCGUUGAAAAAACACCAAAAAAUGAAAUUGUUACAACAUAUACAAGAGCAUGGCCUCGAGGGAUUGGAAAUUGUUUGUAUACUGGAAAUUAUUCUGCUGAGUAUGUAUCAGAAAUUCAUGUUUAUUCACCAUCAACAAAACGUAUUCAGAUCGAUAGAUGUGAAUGUUGUGACAUUAUUCACAAGGAUGGAUUCAAUAAAGCCGAGAUCAAGUAUAGGGAGUGCAAGGAAGAUGAGAUAAUAGCUUGAUCGAUUCAUACCGCGUUAAUGUUAAUU